AUGCCUCGAAAUAGCUUCGAUGCAACAAAAAGCAACAAAGAGCCUGGUGCUCUGAGGCGCUUCGGUUCUAGAUUUCCCCUUAGAUCAGAGGAAUCCCAGCCAAACGAGAAGCCCGAGAGCAAAAGGCUGCGGUUCGCGAAAAUGCUCGGAACCGUUUUUCCCACAUCUAGACGACGCUCUACGGCUUCGAUCACAGAACCGACAAGGACUCAGUCAAUACCGGCUCAGAGUAGCCCACGGACAGCACGAUUUAGGCCGGCGACAGCACUACCGAUUCGGAGAGAGCAGAUCCGUAUCAUUCGAGAUCCCCUUCCGACCCGUCCGGCCAGACCCUUCUGUCCAGUAACCAGCCACAUUAUAGUGAGCCUGCAGCGUGGCUCCUCUUCUGUGCAGCCACCACAUGUUAGACCAGAAGCAGGUGAUAGAGAGGAGGGCAGCCUCGUGCUGUACAGACCUCCACCUAACUUGAACCAGCAGCCAACCCAUCGCCAAAAGCCUGAGGAGACGCACAUGCACCAAUGGGCAACGGGCUCGCCUCGUCCACCGACAAGAGACACCGAAACAUCAACCAGCACCAACCGUCGGAACGGCUCUGACCACGCCCGACCACCACCGCCGCCAGAGCACAGGCAGGAAACGGCGCUUGGAGCCAGGUCCCCACACGCAACAGCCAGGCGGUCCCGGGCACCAACGAGCCCCACCACAGUCAGCAUCAUCGCCGGGUUCCCCGAGCCGCCGUGCUGCCCGCCGCCACCCGAGUGGAUCCGCGAUCAGGCGGCCGCUGGCAACCCGGCGUGGAUGUCGUCCAUGUCGGACUCGGGUCCGAGCAGGCGCUCGCUGCUGUGGAAGAGGCUGAAGCGGUGGGGGAAGAGGGUCAGGGUUAGGCUCGACUCGUCGCGGUCGAGGAGGGCUUCGAAGCUGUGGGGAAAGGGGCAGGCGCGGGACGCGGAAGAGCCCAGCAAACGGCCGAUGAGCGAACCCCCGCCGCAGCUGCCGAGGCGCUGCUCUAGCGUAUACUCGAUCGGGUCGGGGAUGUGCGUUACUGAGUCUGAGGGUUGGGCGUCGGCUUCUGGGGCGCGGUUGUCGUGGCCUGGGAGUAGCCGUCCGCCGGUGGGUGGUUAUAUCUGA